AUCAAUAUGUUUUCGCGCGUCUAGAGUCAAGUGUAAAGUGUAAAGAAAUUGUUCUUUUUUUCUUUUUGUUUUCGUUUUCGCUGCGAACAUUUGAUUUACGGUUAUUACAGUGUUUCCCAAGGCGCGCGUGGGGGCGACUUGAGUGGAUAUGUCGCCGAAUCGUUGGAUUUUAUUACUCAUAUUUUAUAUAUCGUAUUUAUUAUUUGGUGCCGCCAUCUAUUAUCACAUAGAGCAUGGCGAGGAGAAACAGGCACGCACCGAGGAGCUCAAGGAACGCAUCAGUAUCUAUGAGUUUCUGGUCGAUCAGUUGUCGGAUAAGAAUAUAACAACACAGAAUGAUAUACUCGAGCGUAUUAGCGACUAUUGCGGUAAACCGGUUACGGAUUAUACGCAGGAUGAAUACGAGAUUCCAUACACUUGGACCUUCUAUCAUGCCUUCUUCUUUGCCUUCACCGUUUGCUCCACGGUGGGUUAUGGCAAUAUAUCGCCCACAACAUUCGCCGGACGCAUGGUCAUGAUUGUCUAUUCCGUUAUUGGCAUACCCGUGAAUGGAAUACUCUUUGCCGGACUUGGAGAAUACUUUGGUAAAACGUUUGAGGCCAUCUAUAGACGCUAUAAGAAGUACAAAAUGUCUGCGGAUAUUCACUAUGUGCCACCGCAGCUGGGACUGAUUACAACGGUGUUUAUAGCGCUUAUACCGGGCAUUGGACUGUUUCUCCUUUUGCCCGCCUGGGUGUUUACCUAUUUUGAAAGUUGGCCCUACUCUAUAUCGCUAUACUACAGCUAUGUCACCAUGUCCACCAUCGGCUUUGGCGACUAUGUGCCCACAUUUGGUGCCAAUCAGCCACGUGAAUUUGGUGGCUGGUUUGUGGUUUAUCAAAUCUUUGUUAUAGUCUGGUUCAUAUUCUCCCUGGGCUAUCUAGUUAUGAUUAUGACGUUUAUAACGCGCGGUUUGCAGAGCAAGAAGUUGGCCUAUAUAGAACAGCAGUUGUCCUCCAAUCUGAAGGCCACACAGAAUCGCAUCUGGACAGGUGUUACCAAGGAUGUUGGCUAUCUGAGGCGCCUGCUCAACGAGCUCUAUAUACUCAAAGUCAAGCCCGUUUACAGCGAGAGCGAGUUUGCCUACAAUCUGCCAAGGUCCGCUUCGUGUCCGGAGCUGAGCAUGUAUCGCAUGGAGCCGGCGCCCAUACCGAGUCGCAAGCGCGCUUAUUCCAUAUGCGCCGAUCUGGCGGCCGCACAGGGCGUGGCGCCCGCGUUCCUGGUGCACGCCAGCUCGGACACCGAGCUGAGCAAGUUCGAUCGCGAGAAGACAUUCGAGACGGCAGAAGCCUAUCGCCAGACUACGGAUCUGCUGGCCAAGGUGGUGACAGCAUUGGCGACGGUGCAGCCGCCGCCGCCGGAGCCUGAGGACACAGCACUCUAUGGCGGCUACAAUGGCUUCUCCGACUCACAGAUCUUGGCCAGCGAGUGGAGCUUCUCCACGGUGAAUGAGUACACCACGCCGCAGCGACCACGUCAGCGUGCCUGCUCCGACUUCAAUAUACAGCCACCCAGAAGGCGCGCGCUGCAGGCGCCGCACAAUCACAAUGAGUGGACCUGGAGCGGCGACAAUCAGCAGAUACAGGAGGCGUUCAACAAGCGCUACCAGGCACAGCAGCAGCAGCUGGAGACGCCUGGAUCCGGCCUGGAGGAGCAGGAGCUCAAGAAGAGCGCCGGCAAUGUGGCGCGCGUCAAGAAGUUCAGCAUGCCCGAUGGCCUGCGGCGUCUCUUCCAUCGCAAGCGCAAUUCGCAGGACGUGGAGCGCAAGCUGAGCAUUGUAUCCGUGCCGGAGGGCAUAACAGCGCUGCCAGGCACACGCGCCAACAUGGACUAUCAGAAUCAUACGGUGACGGGCAACACUGGGCAGGGCUAUCUACGCAACGGUCUGGACUCCAGCACGCCCCCGGUCGCGCCUGCCUUCGCCUCCAACAGCAGUCUGGCCUCCACCACGGCGGGCUACACAAAUGCAGCCUUCCAGCUGGAGGAGAACGGCAUGCCCUAUCAGCGCAAACCCGCCGCAGCCGGCGCACGUCGCCGUCGCGAGUCCAUUUAUACACAAAAUCCGGCGCUGUCGGCACGCCGUGGCAGCAUGUAUCCGCCCACGGCAGCUGCUCUGGCGCAUAUGCAGCGACGUGGCUCCGGCUCGGCGGCCAUGGCCACGCUGGCCGCUAGACGUGGCAGCCUGUUUCCGGCCACCAGCAGUGGUAGCGCCUCCAACUCGGGCUUCGGCGCUACGCCGCGACGCUCGAGCAUUUUUUCAGUUACCUCGGACAAGGACAUGGACGUGCUGGAGCAGACGACCUUAGCGGACCUGAUUCGCGCCCUGGAAGUGGUCCACACCCAUGCAGUCUUGGAUGAUCAGCAGCACCAGCAGCAGCAGCAGCAACAGUUGAAUACACGCGGCGCGGGCAAUAAGAAGCAGCGCAAGCUGGGCAAUGCUGGCCUGGAGGCGCCACAGCUGCCGCCCAUACUCUCGCUCUUUGCCGGCGAUCAGACGCGCUCCUUGCAGGCCAUUGCCGCCAAUCGUUUGUAUGCACGUCGCUCCACCAUUGUGGGCACCAUGUCGCCCGCGGCCAGCAGCAUUACCAGCACCGCUGCCAAUCGUCGCGCCUCUGGACUGCAGCUGCUGGAGCCACCGCCCAGUUACAGCGAGAAGCCUGCGGCCAACAACAACAACAAUAACAACAUGGUGUCCAAGUUCCGACGACGCUUCAGCGUGCGCCCUACUGCGCUCCAGAUACCGCCUGGCCAGGCGCCGCCACCUGGUGCCAGUCUGAGCGAGGAGCCCUUCGCUGCUGCCCCCAAUCCCAAUCUGUCUUUGCCCUCACAAACAUCACUGCAGCGUCGCCUCUCGCUGCGUCCCUCGCCACUGGCGCGCGAGCUUUCACCCACUUCGCCCGGCAGCAACACCGACGAGGUAUCGGCCACGCCCUCUGCCGCACGCCUGCUGCCGCUGCCCGCCGGCGCUGCACUCACGCGUCCCAGCACCAGCAGCACCCACUCGCCGCUCUCACGCAUCGUACAAAUCUCGCAGGCGCAACGCAAGAGCAGCAUGCCCGAGGGUCUCCAAGCAGCCGGCGCACGCAAGCCGCACGGUAAUCCGGGGAACUCCACUGGCGGCGAUAAAUAAUUCUCUUAGCCUUACUUAGUUUAUCUUAAUGCUCAAGGGUGUUGGAGCACAACUUGCUUAGAAUUUAGAUCAAUUGCAGUUAAUUCUAUUUUUUUUUUUGUUAGGCAUGCUUUGUGCUGCAUUUAAGUUAGCAAUU